UGUAUCCCGAGUGGGUAGUGAGAGUCUACACCAUCCCACAGCCCACCCUUGCUGCUGACUUCUGCCCACUCCUGAGACGUCACCCCCAUCUGUACAUCUGUGACGUCACCAACCUGCCACAACCCUUGGGCAACAUAUCCGGCCUCCAACCCACGAUGUGGCGCACGGCCCCCCUGGGGGACCCCCAGCUGACACACCUCAUGGUCCGGGACACUGACUCACAGGUGAGUGAGCGAGAGCAAGCGGCGGUGGACGCUUGGCUGGCUUCAGGGAAGCCUUUCCAUAUGAUGCGGGAUCACCCAGAACAUGGUGCGCCUAUCCUGGCUGGGACUUGGGCAGCUCGCUGGGACCAAGACAUCAUCAACGCCAGUGAACUCAUUACCAUCAGGGACCUCAUGUUCAGAGACGCAGUUGGCACCUUCCGUUAUGGAGAUGAUCAAGCCAUUUUAUCAAGAAGACUGUGGCCGGUGAUGAAGGGUCAGGUGCUGGGCCACGACAGUUACACCUGCACAGCUUUCCCAGGAAGUGUUCCAUGGCCCACGCAGCGGGUGGACGGGUUCUUCGUGGGGUCUCCCAGUGAGUGCGCUGUGGCACAUGAGAUUGUUACACAUGAGGACGUCACACAUGAGGACGUCACACAUGAGGACAUCACACAACACAAGGACAUCACACAACAGAAGGACAUCACACAACACAAGGACAUCACACAACACAAGGACAUCACACAACAGAAGGACAUCACACAACACAAGGACAUCACACAACACAAGGACAUCACACAACAGAAGGACAUCACACAACACAAGGACAUCACACAACACAAGGACAUCACACAACACAAGGACAUCACACAACACAAGGACAUCACACAACAGAAGGACAUCACACAACACAAGGACAUCACACAACCAUAUUAA